ACAGCGAUUACAUCCGGUGCACACACCUGUUGAAGACUCGCCGACUUCGAGACAUUCCUACGUGACGAAUCGUUAUCGAAAGACGGAGCGACAAGUAGUAGAGGGAGCACCACUUUCCCUUGAAGACCUGGGAAGACGGCGCCUCGGAGAAAGAAGGAGAAAGAACGAGAGAGAGUGAGCGCGCGAGCAAGCCGAUCGGUCGCGGUCCACCGUCGAGAGUAAAGUGUGUCGAGGUCUUUUCACGGACAGUUCGUCGUGACCGUAGGUCUGUUCCGUGCAACCGCGAUUGCACGCUUCCUUCUUUCUAUUCUACGAUCAUUUCUCUUUUUUAUUUCUUUCUUUCUUCUCUUACCGCGCCGGUGUUGUAUUCUCUUCCGUCUCCCCGCCGAUUGUCACUCUCAUUCUUUCUCUCUCUUUGUUUCUUCCGCCACUCUCGACGUACCAUGCAUAACUUGCCGGUGCUCUCGCGCUGAUCACGCAAAACGACAUUCUUAGUUAAAAUAGUUCAGCGUCGCGUCUCUCGUACCCCGGGUAUUGUACAGGCGCGUUGCACAAACACUGGGAUGUCCGCGGGAUAACAAGUUUUCCUCUUUUUCUAACGGAGAUGUCAUCGCCAGUGGUCCUGAGCCUGUGCAUAAUAUGGAGUCUAUUUGUUGGCUCCAUUUCGUACACCGAAGAAGUCGUACAUUAUCACUCUUACCCGCACGGAUACAGCAACUCGUAUGUCUCGCCGACGAGAGGAUGGCCACACUCUUGGGACCGAGUCGGACCGAGCAGAUCAGACAGACCCAUAUAUCGCAGGGACACCUACACGCAGCUGGUAAAGAUCGAGCAAGAACAGAGCGAUCCUUUGAUGACCAUCAGCGAGACUCUGGGCGCUUUAAACACCGUGGGCAACUAUAUCGUCAAUAUGACGAGGGGCGUCGAGAUCUCGAAUUAUCCAUCGAAGGAACUGCCCUCGGCAUUGUACACCAUCUCCAAAAACAUUUUGGGCCGCAAUGUGACAGAUAGCAUCGCACCUUUGGUGCGUGGCGUCGCAUUACCACUAAGACAACCAAUUGCGUCUUCCACACAUGAGCCGCCGGCCCAAGAGCAGCAACAGCAACAGCAGCAGCAGCAGCAAACUGCGGAGAAACUGUCGAAUAGAGACAAGGAAUCCACUCCAUCUGCAUGCACGACGGCCGAGGGUGGACCGGGAAAGUGCCAGGAUCUCAGCAAUUGUCCGCAAUUGUUACUCGAUCUCACUAAGCUGAGGCAGUCGUUGUGCUUUAAGAGUCUGUUCGUGCCAGGGGUUUGCUGUCCGUUGGAUAAAGCCGAUAAUCCUUCUGUUCCCAUCAACAUUGGUGGAGAUACCGGAAUUGACAGCGGUGGACAUUCCCCGCGACCGCCGAUUCGACCUACGAAACCCCUCACACCACGCCCGAUACCGUUGUAUCCGGUAACGUCCUCGACUAUAAAACCUACGACGCAUAUCGUUCCAUCACCUGACUUAUUUGGCAAUAAUACGAAUGGUUUCGAAACGAUCGGGACGAUCGACAACAAUUUUAUUCAAGACGAUGAUGAAUGUGGAGUGAGAAAUUCAGGCAAAUACCGUGUCGUUGGAGGCGAGGAAGCGUUGCCUGGUCGUUGGCCCUGGAUGGCAGCGAUCUUUCUUCACGGUUCCCGACGAACAGAAUUCUGGUGUGGAGGGUCUCUGGUAGGACCGCACCACAUCCUUACUGCUGCUCAUUGCACGCGAGAUCAGCGACAGCGGCCUUUUGCCGCUCGCCAGUUCACUGUGCGUCUCGGCGACAUCGAUCUUGAAAGAGAUGACGAACCCUCAUCGCCAGAGACCUAUGCGGUAAAGGAGAUUCACGCGCAUCCGAAGUUCUCGCGCGUUGGAUUUUACAAUGACAUCGCCGUCCUCGAGCUCACUAGGCCCGUAAGAAGGUCACCGUACAUAAUACCCAUUUGCUUGCCGCAGGCGCGAUUUCGCGGAGAACCGUUCGCCGGCGCCAGACCGACGGUGGUUGGUUGGGGCACCACUUAUUAUGGCGGGAAGGAAAGCACCGUUCAACGACAGGCGGUCCUGCCGGUGUGGAGGAACGAGGACUGCAAUGCGGCUUACUUUCAACCGAUCACCAGUAAUUUUUUAUGCGCCGGUUAUAGCCAAGGCGGCAAGGACGCAUGUCAAGGUGACUCGGGUGGACCGCUGAUGCUACGAGUCGAGGGUCGAUGGACACAGAUUGGCAUAGUUUCUUUCGGCAAUAAGUGCGGCGAACCCGGUUAUCCUGGCGUAUACACACGUGUCUCCGAGUACACCGAUUGGGUUAAAAAUAAUAUGAAGUAAAACACA